GAGGAAUAAGCAAGGUGUUGUUUUGCACUGUACAUAACCGAGCAUGUGAUUAGGGGAAGGGCACUGAGAGCAUCAUGCCCUGAUAAUUGGUAACGCUCAGCUCAAAAGUCCCCAGAGCUUGCACAAACCUGGAGGCGUAAUUACUUUAGCAGGAAACGAAAAGCUUUCUUCUGCUGCUGUUUUAAAAAUCUUUUUUCCACCACUUCAGUGGUACAAACAAACGCACACAGAGCGGAAAUAAUGGAUUGCGGCGUGAUCACCUCCAAAACGGUGUUGCUGCUGAUCAGCCUGUUUUUUUGGGUAAGUAAGAUGGAAAGAAAGCAGAUCUGUAAUUCGGUAAUACUUUCCCCCUGUUCUAUUGACUCUUUCCUGCAGAUCUAAAACAAGAGAUGGAUUCGCUGAGCUUAAAACACCUGUUGCUGUGAGAGUUCACUUCGUGGACAAAGCCCUUCCCCUUUAUCCCAAGUAAAUGUACCCUAAGAUUGUGCUCAGACGUGAAGUUCUUGGGGUGCUGUAGCGGUUAAGAGUGUCAGACUGGGAUUGAGUUGGGCAGCUUCCUGCAAAAUAUAAAAUAUGUAGACAUCUCUGGGGUUACAGCGUGAAACUUUCCGUAUUGCUUUUUCUGUUGUCCGGGGUUCAGAAGCAGAGCUAGUAAAAGGGACGUUGGAAAUGCCCUCCGGACCCCCAUCCCUGUAUUAACAAGGGAUGCUAAGGCAUUGGAGGUGGGGGAACCUGUGACCUUCAGAUGCUGUUGGACUCCAGAUCCCAUCAUCCCAAACUGUUGGCCAUGCUGACAGGGGCUGAUGGGAGCUGGAGUCCGUCAGUCUCAGGAGUGCUGUAGCCCGUGCUGCUUUUUUUCCCCUGGGGGGACUCAGGGGUACGCAUACCCCUAAACAUUUUGUAAAUCUUUGUACUUUUGUCCAUUUACUGUAUUUAUUUCCCCCGAUUUUAACUAUAAAACAGUGGUAUUCUUGAGUCAAAAUGAGAGUACCCCUAAAUAUUUAUUAUUAUUUUUUUGGGGGGGGAGCACUGGUGGUUCGUCUCCCCAUCCCUGCAUUAGAAGCACUCUGAAUGCCAUGUAUAAAACAAGGAGCCCCCGCAUGCAGCUCCUGACUAGAUUUCUAAUGACUUUUUAACACACACGGCGAAAGAAUAAACUCCGCAGGGGACAUUUUACUCCUGGAAUGAAGCUGCAGUAGUGGGGAAAUAUUUUUAUAUUUUUAAUUCCUCCUUGCCAUCUUAAGGCACAGGAUCUCUGUAGUAAUGAUAAAAAUGGUAAAAAUAGCAAAGCAUUUGGCAACCCUGGAAUGAGAACGCCUCCGAGAAACUGAGCAGCGAAGUAGGGGACAGGAUAUCCUGUAACAGGGUGUGGGUUUGAGGUUUGAGGACCUGACAGAACAUUCUCAGUACUGAUUUUGGUUUAAUUAGGAGGGGCUGUUUGGGUGCUUUAAAAGGAAUUCUAUAGGGUGUUUUUCUUUUUCCCCCAAUAUUCCAUCGUUGCCUUUUCAUGGUGUUCGAUAAAGUUGCCUUUUUUUGUAGGUGGCAAAUUCAGCAGAAAUCAUAUUUAUUUAGAGAGAUCUAAUACAGUACAAGGCAGAACUGCAUUUGUGAGGCAGUUGAUGUUCUGGUCUGAAUUAAGUGCUUAUUGGGACAAGUGCGGGUGGGAAUUUUUAUGGUGUUCUUCCUCAGCGCACUGUACUUGAUUCUCACAGACCUUCAUUUAAUCCUCACCACAACCCGAGGAGGUAGGAUAGGCUGAAAGAAAGUCACCCAGUGGGCUUCCUGGCUGAGUGGGUCUCUCUGAUCCCAGUUGUGAACCCUAGCCACUACACCACACUGCCUCUCUGCUUCAGAUUAGGCUUUUAAACAGGCCAGCAGUCGCCAGCAGAGGGUUGGCUGGGGCUGAUGGGAGGUGUAGUCCAAAAUAUCAGGAGUGGGCACCCGGUUGGCGGAGGCUGAAAUUGCUAUUUGUCUGAUUAACCUUGGGAGACAAAAGUAGGGGAGCUUUACAAAAGUUACUUCUUUGGUUCCCUUCGUAGGGAAGGCCUGGAGUCAGUGAUUGCUCCCAUGUUUUGUGUGUGGAAAUUCCCAGGUUCAAAACCUCGUCUGAAACCCUGGAAUGCCACUGACAGUCAAUACAGCUGAUCCAGUCAUACCUCGGAAGUCGAACGGAAUCCGUUCCAGAAGUCCGUUCGACUUCCAAAACGUUCGGAAACCAAGGCGCAAUUUCUGAUUGGCUGUAGGAAGCUCCUGCAGCCAAUCAGAACCCACGGAACCCAAGUUGGACAUUUGGGUUCCAAAGAACGUUUGCAACCUGGAACAAUCUCUUCUGGGUUUGCAGGGUUCGGGAGCCAAAAAGUUUGACUCGCAAGGCGUUCGACUUCCGAGGUACGACUGUACUUACUUUUUGUCAUGGACUGAAUGUAGAAGAGUGGUGGGAGGCACCAACUUGAGAAACCCCAAAGGUCAAAGGCUCAGAGCCCGGGGAAUGGUGGUGGGACGAUGAUGAGUGGUCAGAGGGAGAAGAUUGGGAGGAUGAGAUGGCUGAAGCUGAAGAGGUAACAGGGUUAGUGAGCUGGGAGAAUCUGUGGCAGAGAGAAGUCCAGAAGCAGAAGGAGAAGAGGGAGACCAAGAGGCUGGUAAAGAAGCCAGGAGGUCUCCUCUUUGUGCUGUGACAAGCUCCCCUUACCCCUGGUCUCCCAGAGCCAGAAGAGGCAUGAAGAGGGCAUAGUCUCAGAUUGCUUGGGAAGGACCCGGGAGAUGAGGAGUCUUAAGCAACUGUGGGAAGGCAGGGAACAUCAGCCUCCACAACUGGAAUUCCCUUCACUUACUCUGUGUGAUUUAUUGCUGACCCACCUUGAGGGAUCGAUGGUCUGACUCACUAGAAGGCUGGUAAAGGUAAAGGUAAAGGGACCCCUGACCAUUAGGUUCAGUCGUGGCCGACUCUGGGGUUGCGGCGCUCAUCUCGCUUUAUUGGCUGAGGGAGCCGGCAUAAGGCUUCCGGGUCAUGUGGCCAGCAUGACUAAGCCGCUUCUGGAGAACCAGAGCAGCUCACGGAAACGCCGUUUACCUUCCCGCUGAGUGGUACCUAUUUACCUACUUGCACUUUGACGUGCUUUCAAACUGCUAGGUUGGCAGGAGCAGGGACCGAGCAACGGGAGCUCACCCCAUCGUGGGGAUUCGAACCGCCGACCUUCUGAUCGGCAAGUCCUAGGCUCUGUGGUUUAAACCACAGCGCCACCCAUGUCCCAGAAAGCUGGUACCUAACUAAUACAGUAUAUGACGGCAGACAGGACAGUCACUUUUGUGGACUAAGGCCCUAUCUGCACUAUGCAUUGAAAGCAGUACCAUACCACUUUAAACAGUCACGGCUUGCCCCAAAGAAUCCCGGCAACUGUCGUUUGUUAAGGAUGCUGAGAGCUGUUUGGAGAUCCCCUAUUUCCCUCACCGAACUAUAAUUCCCAGAAUUCCUUGGACAGAGCUACUGAUUGUUAAACAGCUUUUGCUUCACUUCCUUUCAUUGUUCAUGUCAUGUGGAAGAGCAAAGUUCAGCAGGUGCAACAGAAAAGCUGCACCUAUUGAACUUUGCUCUUCCGCAGGAACCGAAUAAGGAACAGAAGCCAUGGCUAGCUUUGCAUUUUGCUGUCCUCAUCGGGUUUGCAAGCCAGAAGCAGGUUGUUGGGUGUCUUGCAGAUCUGCACCUGUGGCUGCAAGCCAUGUACUUCUUGAAAAAGAUGCACACACGUGUUUGCAGUAGCCACAAAUGAACAGAUGCAUUGUAAACAAAAAGGGGAAAAAACACAGCCGCUUCUCUUUUUCGAGUCCUCUUUAAACCACAGUGGGGAUGUGCAACUCUUAAUGCCCAGAUAUAAACGUAAUGUUAAAAUAAAUCGGUAGGUGUGCAAGCCGGCAAGCAGGGCCUCUGACACAGAUCUGAAGGCUCAGGUAGGUUCAUAGUCAGAUGGCACUGAACAAUUUUCUAUUUCUACGUGCGUUGAGAGGUUAAGAAUUUGGGAGAACUCUGCUAGAUCGGGUCAAAGGCCCAUCUAGUCCAGCAUCCUGUUCUCACAGUGGCUGACUGGAUGCCUGUGGGAAGCUCAAAAGCAGAACCCAUACCCCUCAAGACGGAAUAACCCUUUUAUUUUCUGUGAGAGCAUGGUAGUCAUUUGGGGCACCGCAAUCUCACCCCGAAAAAAAGCACUUUUUCAGAGGCACAAUCUCGCACGGUGCCUCAAAACACAUGUUUUGGGGCAAGGUGCCCAGGGGAAAAAAGCUUUUGCUGAGGCCACAAUCUUGCAUGGGUGACGUGACUCGUCCAGGUGUGCGGCCCCAGAAGAUGGUAUCCUGGUUUUCCAUCACAACAUGUUGGAGGGUAUGAGAAGCCGAGUGCAACAUCGCUAGGGUUGCCAUAUUUCAAACAGUGAAAAUCCGGACGGAAAAGUUGCUGGGGAUAUACACAAAGUAUCAAAUAUGGUGACAGUAAUAAUAAUGCAACAAAACAACAACACCACAAACUGGCUUAUAAGUAUAAAACCAAAUUUACUAGAAUAAUAGCUAGAAUAGAGAGAGACUUGUAACCAUUCAAGCAACAAACAUACUAAGGUGCCAUGUGCAAAACAAAGCCUGGAGAUACUGUGAACAUGGAGUGGAAAAUUAUACAACUCUAUCUUGACAAUGUUCUACCAGUGUGGCGGUGAACUGCCUAUACAUGACUGGAUAAAUGAUACCGCUUCAACAAGUAGCAUAAGUCCAAGAGUCAUUGAAGGGCAACCUCAUGCCAGCCACAAUGGCAAGGGUAGCACAGCUUGGAGAACUAUGACAAAGUUUUUCAAAGCUGCUUUCCAAAGAUUGUAACUGGCAUGAGAUGUUCUUCAAUGGGUCUUGAGUUGGAAACACUGAACAGUCCAUGUAUGCAGUCCGUAGAAGGCAAAUCAAAGCCACCACCCUGGUGAGAAUAUUGCAAGUGGGCAAAAGGAGACCUGUUCUCCGGAUAUAUUACAGGUUUCGCUACACGCUUCAUCAGUCUGAAAAGCUGCAUGAUACAAACUAGCACUCCAAUUACAAUGUGUGGUAAACCAUAAAAAUUUGGUUUUAUACUUAUAAGCCAGUUUGUGGUGUUGUUGUUUUGUUGCAGAAAAGUUGCUGGGACAAAGGGUGUUUAAGGAGAUAACAGAAAUCACUGGGUGACGCAAAGUCCAGAGGUAGCUUUGUUAUCAAUUGAUGAUGGGGUGGAAGGUUCGCUGGCUAGAAAGGACUUGCUCACAAAUUUGCUGACAGCUGCAUGAGUUAUUAUAGCUAGGAAGUGGAUGGGGCAAGGUGAAUAUCAAAUGGAAGAGUUUUCCCUCCAGGGAGAUCAAGGUAGAGUGCAAAGUUCUCCCUCCUCCCCAUCUUCUCCUCCUAACACCCCUGUGAGGUAGGCUAGCCUGAGAGAUGCCAACCGGGCCAGGUUCGCUCAGUGAGCUUCCUGUUUGACUGGAUGGGAUUUUGACCUCGUCUCCCAGGAUCUUGGUCUGAUGCUCUAACCCAGGGUUUCUCAAACUUGGGUCUCCAGUUGUUGUUGGACUACAACUCCCAUCAUCCUUAGCUAGCAGGACCAGUGGUUCGGGAUGAUGGGAAUUGUAGUUCGAAAACAGCUGGAGACCCAAGUUCAGGAAACCUUGCAGCCGAUAUCGCACACUGUCAGCAGGAGUCCCAUCAACCGAAAGUGGGAGAGCAGAGGAAUUUGGGAGAUAAUUUCUGUCUGGAAACAGGCAGCUGUGACAUCCUUAUUUUUGUUUCCUCACGUACCAAAAUUCUGCAAUGUUCCUCUGCCAAGGAAACAAGGCUGUCCUGCCUUACCUCUCACCAAAACAUUUAAUUUGGGCCUUAAUAACCAUAUUAUCUCUCGGCCUAGCCUAACCUAAGGCAGGAUGGUUGUGAGGAUAAAAUGUGGCUGGCACACCAUGACUGCUGCCCUCAGCUCUUCGGAGUAAGGGUGAGGCUGAAAUAUAAUUGUUUUGUAAUAAUGUGAGCAGGAGCAACGAGGAGGAGGUCUGGGGUGCCUUAAAUAAUAAUUUAAUGUCUUGUUGCAUAAGUUGUGAGAGGUUACAGCCUACUUUGUCGGAUGCACGAAAUGCUUUCGGAGGUUGGUAAAGGGGAGAAAAAGAGAGAGAGAGGGAGAAAGAAAGAAAGAAAGAAAGAAAGAAAGAAAGAAAGGAAGAAAGAAUAGGAGUGGUUAAAGUUAACUGUUCUGCUUAGUUUCUUUUUGUUGUGGUUUGCUCAUUGGGUGAGAAGCUCAUAUCUGGCAGGGGUACCCCAGGGCCCAGCAAAAAACUGGUGUGUGAGGGAGAGGGUUGAAUUAUUACUCAGAAAAAGGUAAAGGUAAAGGGACCCCUGACCAUUAGGUCCAGUCGUGAACGACUCUGGGGUUGCGGCGCUCGUCUCACUUUAUUGGCCGAGGGAGCCGGUGUACAGCUUCCGGGUCAUGUGGCCAGCAUGACUAAGCCGCUUCUGGCGAACCAGAGCAGCACACAGAAACGCUGUUUACCUUCCCGCCAGAGUGGUACCUAUUUAUCUACUUGCACUUUGACGUGCUUUUGAACUGUUAGGUUGGCAGGAGCAGGGACCGAGCAAUGGGAGCUCACCCUGUUGCAGGGAUUCGAACCGCUGACCUUCUGAUCAGCAAGCCCUAGGCUCUGUGGUUUAGACCACAGCGCCACCCGCGUCCCGUACAUCCCUCCUACUCCUCUGUCAUCUCCAGCAACUGACAGCACCGGCUUCCCAGGAUUCAUUCAGGCCCUAACAGACACUGGACAAGUACUGGGUGAAUCUGGCUUUCCUUCUCUAGAAGAAAAACAAACAAACAGAUCUGUGCAUCACGUUCUCAAUCAUCCAAACACCGGGUUAUGUUUUUCUGGUUGCUUCCCCCGCCUCAUUUUAUGAAGAUUCAACAGUCGGCUUUAAUUUAAAACACACGGAAGGAAUACAUUUAGCCAAACGGGCUAGAGCGGGCACAUCUCAAAAUGCAAGAAAGAAAGAAAAACAAAAAGGCUGUCAUUUAUAACAAUAUGAAGCCAGAACAAUGAGCUGCAAGCACUCUCCUCUUCCUCCUUCCAUCCUUUUCUCUCUCUCACUCUUGGCACCAUUAUAUACACAAGCACUAAUAGAGGGUUUGUUUUCCUGAGGGUGGAGCUUUACGUAGCGAAAAUGCCACCAUCCACGCAGGUUUGGGGGGUUCCUAGCAUCUGCAGAAGUAUAAAAAACACUUUAGGGGGGAACACCCCAAAACUACCCAAUGAGAACUGAGCAGGCUUGGUGGGACCACAGCAUAGGAGCCAACUCCUAGGGGCUGAGGUCCCUUUGCCCCCCCCCUAAAAUUUUUGAGGCCCUACCCCCAAAGUUAAUGGACAUUGCCAUUCAAAUGGUGUGAGUGAACCCCACCAUGUGAUUGAUUGUGGGUGGUGGGGCAUACCUGUCCCUCCCAAUAUUUUAUUCAAGUUGGCUCCCCUGGAACAGAAUAUUCACUUUUAGGCAGGAGGAAGAUGGAGAGACGGAAUGGACUGUUACAGAAUCCAGGAAUGGCAGUCUGCAAUUUGUAUUCUCUUUGCUCUCUUCUACAGUACAGAAGCACUCCACGCUGCAAAAAAAUAUUGCAGCAUCCCAGUGUGGGGUGGGUGGGUGUGUAUGUGUGUGUGCAAGAGAGAGAGAGAGAGAGAGAGAGAGAUUCAUAUGUACAUUCUAAAGCAGGCAUGGCCAAACUUGGCCCUCCAGAUGUUUUGGGACUACAACUCCCAUCAUCCCUAGCUAACAGGACCAGUGGUCAGGGAUGAUGGGAAUUGUAGUCCCAAAACAAUCUAAAGACUCUUCGGGGAGAUUGGCCACAUUAAGAGUCAAUCUUACAGCCGAGAAGCUUAUGGUUUAUAUAUAUAAUCAAUUAAUCAAAGGAUCAAGAGAAAAUGGUAAGUGUUUUGGGAACGCAUGACCGCUUAUGCUUUAGAAACUAUGAAGCUAGGCUUAUUUUUUCAUCUCUACCCCCUGGGAGAGUGAUUGUGCAGCUUGUUUGCUUAAAGGUUUAGAAGGGUGCUUGUGGAGAAAUUCCAUUGAGGUUCUGGUAGCUUUCCAGUCACGUGGCAGUUCAUGGGAAGUUCCAUAAAGUCUCUCAGACGAGCAAAAGUACUAGCGCAUACAGUGUUGGAGAAAAGAUCCAAGUCCACUUUAAAGAUGCUUAAUAAAAUAAUAUUUGGGAAGGUGUGUUGGAGCAUGUGCAGAGUGCACCCUGUACGCCAGGCAUAGGCAAACUUGGCCCUCCAGAUGUUUUGGGACUACAACUCCCAUCAUCCCUGACCACUAGUCCUGUUAGCUAGGGAUGAUGGGAGUUGUAGUCCCGAAACAUCUGGAGGGCCAAGUUUGCCUAUGCCUGGCGUACACCCAGAGAGCAGCCACAGCAGGUGCUUACUAAUUCUUCAGAUGGGGGGGGGGUGCGGCUUUAAAGGCGGAGCAUGUGGCCAGCAGCCAGAUUAAGCCUCAACACUUUUUUUGAAGUUAUAAUGAAAUUGUGAAGUGUAUACUGAAAUUCACUAUGGGUGAAUCUUAGAAUCAUAGCAUUGUAGAAUUCACAGAGACCCUGCGAGUCAACUAAUCCAGGCGCCCGCAAUGUAGGAAUCUCAUCCAGUAUUUAGGCUGCCUUCUGCCUUUCACCUUUCAAAGCGAAACUAAUAAAAUAACUACUCUUGAUUUCAACCGCAUCAAGAAUCGCAGACAGCCUCAAUGGUGCAAUAAGCCUAUUUCUUGCAUAGCUCUCAAAUGAUGGGAGCAGUACCCCUAUUUCUGCAUAUUUCUCAAAUAAUAGGUCAUCAAUUAACACCCAGUUCUAUGAAAGUAGAGAAGAAGCCGUAAUUUUUCUCUAAGCAAACAAGUCGUCUUAUUCAUUCCAUUCCACCUUUUGUGGUUUGUUGUUAAAGCAACUCACAUUGCUGCAAUAAUGUUAUGUAAACUGUUUUGUGAGGUCCGCCCGAGAAACGAUAUAUAAAUACUCCAGUUGCAGCUCCCAGCACCCUUAGAGUCAUAGCAUCAUAGAACUGCAGAUUUGGAAGGGGUCAUAAGGGUCAUCUAGUCCAACCCCCAGCAAGUCAGGAAUCUUCCACCAAUGUGGGGCUCCAACCCACAACCCUGAGAUUAAGGGGGUCUCGUGCUCUACCAGUUGAUCCCUUAGCAAACUGCAUUUCCCAGGGGGGAAGCCAAGCGCUUUAAUUCAUGUGGGUGUGGUUGCGUCAAAGCAAGUAUUCAGCAAACUUUCCAGAACAUUUUCCCCUCCCUCUCCAAGAGUCUUGACUUCUGAGGAAGUGUGCGUGUUGCACAAGACCUUCCAGCCAUUUAUAAUUGGGCAACUGGAAUUUUCCCAUGUGUUUUUUAAUCCCAGCUGAAAAUAGUGAUGGUGUUUUUCCCUGUGAAUUUCAGAGAGUUGUGGUUGAUGGCACUUAACCUAUUCUUACCAGGAGAGGUAGCGGUUGCGGGAAUCUGAGGUGAACUUCCUCCUUCCUAAAGAAUGCCACUGAGGCCCUUAUGCUAAGAAAUAAAUCAAAUAAUUAAAAUAUUGGGUAAGUGGUUUUGAGCCUGGCUGAUUGAGCCAGAGAGUGAUGCAACAACCUACUUGAAAAGAGAGCAGUUCUUACUCCUUCUGCCAUGAGCUAAAGAGGUCUUUGGAUUGUCAACUCUUGGGCUGACCUGACCUGUAUGACGGGUGUGCCACUCAUCGUUCUGGUUAAACCUCUUGAGAUAAAGACGCCAUCUUCUAAGUGCGGGAACGUCUGAGUGCACUCGAGCGUUGAGCAAGCGAAGUUUUUGUUUUAAGAACAAGGUAUUGCUGUAAAAGAAGGCUUUCUCUGAGAACUUACUUGGACUGUACAUUUGAAGCAGUGUUAUACCACUUUGAAUGAUAUCCCCCCAAGAAUCCAAGUUAGUGUGAUUUGUUAAAGUUGCUGAGAGUUGCUUGUUGCUGUUUAGUCAUUUAGUCGUGUCCCACUCUUCGUGACCCCAUGGACCAGAGCACGCCAGGCACUCCUGUCUUCCACUGCUUCCCACAGUUUGGUCAAACUCAUGUUUGUAGCUUCAAGAACACUGUCCAACCAUCUCAUCCUCUGUCGUCCCCUUCUCCUUGUGCCCUCCAUCUUUCCCAACAUCAGGGUCUUUUCCAGGGAGUCUUCUCUUCUCAUGAGGUGGCCAAAGUAUUGGAGCCUCAGCUUCAGGAUCUGUCCUUCCAGUGAGCACUCAGGGCUGAUUUCCUUCAGAAUGGAUACGUUUUGAUCUUCUUGCAGUCCAUGGGACUCUCAAGAGUCUCCUCCAGCACCAGAAUUCAAAAGCAGAAAUUCUUUGCCGAUCAGCCUUCUUUAUGGUCCAGCUCUCACUUCCAUACAUCACUAGAAAGUUGCUUGGUGAACCACUAUUCCCCUCCCAAAGCCACAGUUCUCAGUGCGUUGCAAUUGUCAAUCCUUCUUUCCCAAAGAACUCUGGAAUUGCAGUUCCGAGAGUGGAACAGGGGUUCUCCCAAUGACUCUCAGCACCCUUAACAAACUAGUUCCUAGGAUUCUUUUGGGGAGGGUAUCUAGUUGGCUUCUGCGGAUGUUUUUAUUAACGGUACAGUGGAGCUCUCUGGGUUGUAAUUCGGCGCAGCUUAUUUUUUUUCAAUUUGUGAAUCUUUAGUGGAGAGAGAUCUUUGCGGUCCCUUCUCCAGAGUUGGAUUUUGCAUAUACAGUCUAAGUGUAUAUUAGGGUUGCUGUACGUCUGGACAUACCGAGACAUUUCCAGAACAUGCUUGGAAUAAUGCUGUCGGAAGCAGUGUCCGGGCAGAAAUUGGCAAAAAUGUCCUGGAAAAUCUGGACGUAUGGCAACGCAUGUCGGCAGUGUAGUUUUUGGUGAUUUUAUUUUUAAAAAAGCUCCAAAAGGUCCACUUUUUGUGAUUUUGCUCAAAAAGUUCAACAACAAAACUAAAAAAAGCUCAAUAACUUUGCCCCCACCCCAUAACCUGUGUGUCUGGAUUUUCACUAAUUGAAAUACGGCAACCCUAGCAUAUAUUCCCCUUUUUAAAAAAGUACUGUGAAAUAACUGGAAGACUGAUAGGUUUGUUUCUGCCUUUAAGAAGCCUUCUGGGAAGCUGUGUUUGUUGCUACAGACGAGCCUUUUAAACUUAUCUCUUCCUAUGUUGAAAGGAAGGAGCCACAAAGACUGCAAGUCUAUGUAUGCAUGUCUCUAUUACAAAUCAGUUCUGAUGCAUUUAAUAGGGUUUAGUUUCUGGGAACUGACGUUGUUUUUAAGUGCUGUGAUGUCCAAGCUAGCUAGGCAAAAGAGGAAGCAUUUGCACUUUUAAUAGUAUGACAAGUUAAUAUCACGAACUACAUCACAUGAGUCUGCCUCAUCAUGUUCCUUAUUGUUCGGCUUGGCGUGCAGAAUUUCCAAGCAAAUUUGUCCUCUUAAUAUUUUGUAUUUGAGUAUGUUUGUCUUUGUUUGUGUUGUAUACACUCCACUAUAUCCUGCCAAGUUUUUUUUAGGUCAGGUAACCAGAACUAGGGAUGCGGGUGGUGCUGUGGGUUAAACCACAGAGCCUAGGACUUGCCGAUCAGAAGGUCGGCGGUUCGAAUCCCUGCGACAGGGUGAGCUCCCGUUGCUUGGUCCCUGCUCAUGCCAACCUAGCGGUUCGAAAGCACGUCAAAGUGCAAGUAGAUAAAUAGGUACCGCUCUAGCGCAUAGCUGUCAAGUGUCCCUUAUUUGAAGGGACAGUCCCUUAUUCCAGCGCCAUGUCCCGCUGCUGUCCCUUAUUGAUGGAUGUCCCUUAAAUGUCCCUUAAAUGAUGUCCCUUAAAUUUCAAAGGAAGCAGCUCCUCUCCCUCCCUCCCUGCCGGCCAGGGAGGAGGGAGGCUCCAACUGUGUUGCUUGGCUGUGUUGCUCACCCAAUAAGAAGUCUAAGAACGACUGGGGGUGGAGCUUGCAUGCCUUGUGUGUGGCUAGUUAAUGCAAGCUGAGGGGUUUUUUGAAUGCUGGACGCCAUUUUGUUGCAUGUGCUGCUGCAAACUUUGCAGUGCAAAGCUAGGCUGGGGAGCCAUCUUAUGUUGAGGCUGCAUAGGCCUUGUGGUGCAUGUGAUUCAGAUUCUAUUCAGUUGAACCUCUGGUUACAAAGUUGGUUGGACAGUGUUCUCGAAGCUACCAGCAUGAGUUUGACCAGACUGCAGGAGGACAGGAAGAAUGGAGUGCCUGGAACAGGUGAGGCCGCAGGUCCCUUAUUUUGGCUGCUGGUCCCUUAUUUUCAAGGCUGCUGGUCCCUUAUUUUCAAAUCUGUAAGUUGGCAGCUAUGCUCUAGCGGGAAGGUAAACAGUGUUUCCGUGUGCUGCUCUGGUUCGCCAGAAGCGGCUUACUCAUGCCGGCCACAUGACCCGGAAGCUGUACACCGGCUCCCUCGGCCAAUAAAGCGAGAUGAGCGCCGCAACCCCAGAGUCUGCCAUGACUGGACCUAAUGGUCAUGGGUCCCUUUACCUUUACCUUUAACCAGAACUAACAAAUGAGAACUCUUGCUCAGGGGUCAGUAAACUUUUCCAGCAGAGGGCCGGUCCACUGUCCCUCAGACCUUGUGGGGGGCCCGGAUUAUAUUUUGGAAAGGAAAAAAAAAGAACAAAUUCCUAUGCCCCACAAAUAACCCAGAGAUGCAUUUUAAAUAAAAGGACACAUUCUACUCAUGUAAAAACAGGCUGAUUCCCGGACAGUCUGUGGGCCUCCGGGCCUUAGUUUCCCUACCCAUGCUCUUGCUGGUGCGGUGCAAUGGUUGAAUUGCAAGUGUUUUCACCGUUGUGUUGAUGUGUCAGAUGCAAUCACACACAACUGGAAAGCUAACCGUUGCUUGUCCGCAGCAAAUUUCCUAUCAGCCCCAGUCAGCACAACUCUACUGGUUGGGGCUUAUGUGAGUUGCAGUCCAAACUUUCCAAAGGGCACCAGGUUGGUGAAGUCUGUUAUAGAAUCUGCCUUUCCUUUCAACUAGAGGCUUUCUCUGUAGGAAGGAACAUUUUUCAGAAGGAAGUUUUCCAUGACCGCUGUAAAUCAACCGCCUUUUCAGAACAAAAUGUAUUUUUAAAUCAGAAGCAUGACAAAUGUCGGUCUUAUGCCUGAUGGACUUAAUUUAAGGCCAAGCACAUGGUUAGAAUUAUACUGAGAGCAAAUAAGACUGUUGACCGCUGACAGAUGAUUAGUUGGCGUCUUUGUUCCAAAGAUGAGCUCAUAGUUUCCCUAGAAGACCUAUAAUGUUCGUUCAGGCCUGGCCCUAUCAUUUGGCAACGUGAGACUAUGUCCUCGGGUAACAGAUGCGGCAGAAAGGGUCAGCCUCCUGGUUGUACUGUUUGGUUGGGGAUCAAAGCUUAUCUAACACCAAGUUCCCCUGCUGGUCUUCGUCAGGACUCAGAGCAAAGCAACAUCAGAACCUGGAGACACACUACUGGUUGACCACUGUGAGAACAGGGUGAUGGACCUUUGGUCUGAUUCAGCAGGGAUGUUCUUAAGUUAACUCUGAAAAUGGUGUAUCAAUGGUACUUAAUUCCAGUAAAAUUGGCUAAAAUUUAUAAAUUAAAAUCAAAUACCUGUGUUGGAGAUGCAAGAAAGAAAUAGGAACAAUGUUUCACAUGUGGUGGGAAUGCCGACCUAUUAAACAAUUUUGGAAUGAAAUAUAUGAAGGAAUCAAAAAGAUGUUUAAAAUAUCUUUUAGUAAAAAACCGGAGGCAUUCCUUUUAGGUAUAAUCACAAACGAUACUCCUGACAAUCAAAGGAAAGUAUUCCUCUAUGCGACAACAGCUGCCAGGAUGCUCAUAGCAAAAUAUUGGAAAGGGAGAAAAAUUCCAUCAAUGAAACAAUGGCAAAUUAAAUUUUGUGAAUAUAUAAAUCUGGCAAGACUCACAGAAUUCAUAAGGGGACAAUCGGACCAAAAAUUAUUAAAAGAAUGGGGAUGUGCUAAAGAGUAUAUGAAAAAACAUUGUUCUGGAGUAAGCAUAUCGGUAUGUAAUGAAUGAUGCUUUGCAGGGUUAAAGAAAGAAAAAAAUGGUGUUAAAAGUAUAAAGCUAGAAGUAAUCUACAUUAGACACAUCAACUUAGAAAGAGUAAAAAUUUUGAGGUCUUAGAACAAAGGAAAGAAGUCAAUUUGUGUAUAUGUAUGUAAUGACUAGAUUAGAAUGUUGAUAUGGUUUUAUUUGUAGAUGUGUGUUUUUGUUUUUUGUUGUUCUUUUUUCUUUUGUGUUCUGUUUUUUUUUCUUGUUUGUACUGUUUUAUUUCGGAUUCAAUGUUUGUAAUUUUUGUUGUAAUUUUGCAUUGAGAAUAAAAAAUAUAUGGUAAUAAAAAAAUUAAUUCUGAAUUGUAGUAGGCAAGUUGUCUCGCAGCAAUAUGGAAACUAGGUCAAAUCCUGUGGCUAGAUUCAGCACAGACCAGUCUUGGAAGGAGUCAUUCGGGUUCACUGGGAACCGGGUGGAGGAAGUCAUAGUAGUUUAAACUGGUUUAUCUGAUACCAUUUUGAAACAACAUUUUGCUUUAUAUUAAGGCUGCAGCAGCUGGACUUUCUUAUGUUGGCGCAUACGUCCUCAACACCUACAAGGAAUAUGACCCUUUCCUCCAGGAUAAAUACCCUCUCCUGCCGGCUGUCAUCAUCAUUUGUGUUGCUGUGGUGAUGUUCGUUAUCGGCCUCAUUGGCUGCUGUGCUACAAUCCGUGAAUCCAAGAUUGGGUUGGGAGUGGUAAGUAAGGAGUGCGUCACUGAAAAUGCCUUCUGUAGCAAUUCCAUAGUGCCAGAGAGAGGGAAUCAGGGAGGACAAGGGCUUGUCCACACUUCCACUUUUCCACGGGGCCGAAUGGUUUUCUGUUUGCUCCACUGCUUUUCCCGGACAAACCUGCUCUUUAGAGCUUAAUCGGAGCAACUGUCAAUCCGCUGAAAACCUGAUUGAUGCUUAUUCCGAUUCAGUGGUAAAUAUCAGGUUUUCCUGGGAGAAAGCAGCAGGACAACUGAAAGCCUGAAUGAGCCCCAAGUGUCUGUCCACACGCUUCCAGACAAGUCACUUGCCCUAUGGCUUACCUUCCAGUUGCUGGGGCCAUGUACCAUAUUUUUUGCUCCAUAAGACACACUUUUCCCCUCCUAAAAAGUAAGGGGAAAUGUGUGUGCGUCUUAUGGAGCGAAUGCAGGCGGGAGGCUCUGCUUAGUGCUCCCUUUAAAGAGCCGCGUGGAGCAUGCAUAGAAAAGCCCCCAAGAGUGUGUGCACUCUUUAAAGGGAGUGCGGCUCUUGGGGGAGCCUUUAUUCCCCUGUCCGGGAGAGUCUUCGCGCGGCUAUCCCAGAAGCCAGAACAGCAAGAGGCUAUCCAAGAAGCCAGAUCCCUCUUGCUGUUCUGGCUUCUGGGAUUCAGAAUAUUUUUUUUCUUGUUUUCCUCCUCCAAAAACUAGGUGCGUCUUAUUGUCUGGUGUGUUUUAUGGAGCGAAAAAUACGGAGGUUUCUUGAAGGAAAGGUCAUUACCAUGUAAAAUUUGUGGCUGGAGAUCUCUUAAGCAUGCCCACUUGAGACUGAAUUCCGUCAUGACUAAGAAGACUUCAGAAGAGGAUGGGAGCAUUAAUGUGAACUACACCACGUGACAGCUCUUCAGAUAUUUGUAGAUGGCUAUCAUAUCUGUGAUUCUCCAGUGGUUUGGCUUCACUCCGUUGUUUCUCGAGACAGACGGAUGCCAACCAAUCAACCAAUAUCAUAUCACUUCUCAGUCUCCUCUUCUCCAGAGUAAACAUACCCAGCUCCCUCAACCGUUCCUCAUAAGCCUUGGUUUCUGGACCCUUUCUCAUUGUGCUUAUCAUCCUCUGCACGUGUUCUAGCUUGUCAAUAUCCUUCUUAAAUUGCGGUGACCAGAAUUGGACACAGGACUCUAGGUGAUGCUAGGCAACAGGUCUCUCUCAUCCCCACCCCUCACACAAGGCUUCUUCACCCCAGCCUGUCAUCUUAGAUGUCUACAACACCUGUACACCAGCCUCUUCCUAACUAAUUCUUCUUUUCCUCCAGUUCCUGAUCAUUAUCCUGUUGGUCUUCAUUGCUGAAGUGGCAGCUUUUGUCCUUGGAUUCAUUUACAAAGGACAGGUGGGUAAAAACAGACGUAUGUACUCUGUACCAAUGAUGAGGGCGGGCGGGCGAGGUGGGUGGUGGAAAUGCAAUUAUGAAUUUCUCUCAUUCUAUGAAGACUGGGAGGCUCAACCACCUUUCCAUUUACCCCUCCACUUUCCCCCAGGAAAACCUACAGUUUAGUGCUGAAUCGGAACAAACAGCAAUCAGGUUUUCCAUGAAUUGCCAUUUGUUGCAAUUUAGCACUAAAGAGCAGGUUUUCCAGGGGAAAGCAGUGGCUCAAAGAAAUAACUGCUCAGACCCAUGCUUUCUAGGCUUGGGACAACUGGGAGUGUGGAUGAGCUUUGGGCCAGAGCGGUGGUUAACCAUACCAACCCAGAGCCAAUUUCACAGCAUACAUUCAAAGCGCUACGAUGCAACUUUAAGCAGUCAUGGCUGCACCCCAAAGAAUUGUGGGAGUUGCAGUUUGUUAGGGUAAGCCUAUUCCCCUCAAAGGUGACGCUGUGGUCUAAACCACUGAGCCUCUUGGGCUUGCUGAUGGGAGGUCGGCAGUUCAAAUCCACGUGCUGGGGUGAGCUCCCGUUGCUCUGUUCCAGGCAUAGGCAAACUCCGGCCCUCCAGAUGUUUGGGACUACAAUUCCCAUCAUCCCUAGCUAACAGGACCAGUGGUCAGGGAUGAUGGGAAUUGUAGUCCCAAACAUCUGGAGAGCCAGAGUUUGCAUAGGCCUGCUCUGUCCCAACCUGCAAAAGCUGUAUGCAGACAAACGCCGGCUCCCUUGGACUGAAAGCAAGAUGAGCGCUGCAACCCCAUAGUCAAAUUUGACAGGACUUAACUGUCCAGGGGUCCUUUACCUUUACUUUUACUUAUUCCCCUCACAGAGCUACAAUUCCCAGAGUUUCCUGUGAAGAGGGAUUGGUUGUUAAAUCACUCUGGAAAUGGUUUUUAAAAAUGCAAAUAUCAUCACUUGGGAAGGGAGUCUGUGCUGGGAACUGCUGGGUCCACAAGGAAGGCAGAAUAAGGCAUUGAACCCUUUUCUUUAUUGUUGGCGAUUGCCAUUUCAGAAAGAGAAAUCACAAAGGAGGAAUUUCCUCCCAAUACAAAUACAACUUCAGAGGAGAGGCUUUCCUCAGCUGAGGGGCUGCAAUGAUCUUCUCUGUUUUUUGCAGUUGAGGGGCUUUCCGUUCUUGAACAAAACCCUCACAUUUCUGUCUUCCUACAGGUAAAAACAGAUUUGCAUGAACCAAUGGUGCAAUCAUUCAAGAACUAUGACGGGAAAACGGAAGAGUCUCACAUCAUAGAUUACUUACAGCAAGAGGUUGGGAAACUUUAUGUUCUGUUUAAAAUUAUCGUCACAAACUUCCUCCUCUGGUUGAAAAUCCUGUUAUUAGUCCUAGAACUAUGAAUGUUGGCUCAUCUUGCAUACUUUAUCCUGUUUGCAGUUUCCUUCCAGUUUUCCCCCUCCCCCCCCCUUUUAAAGAAAUAACUACAGGAAAAAUAUCUAGUGGGCUGUUCCAGAUACAGUGGUACCUUGGGUUAAAUACUUAAUUCGUUCCGGAGGUCUGUUCUUAACCUGAAACUGUUCUUAACCUGAAGACCACUUUAGCUAAUGGGGCCUCCCGCUGCCACCGCGCCGCCAGAGCACGAUUUCUGUUCUCAUCCUGAAGCAAAGUUCUUAACCCGAGGUACUAUUUCUGGGUUAGCGGAGUCUGUAAGCUGAAGCGUCUGUAACCUGAAGCGUAUGUAACCUGAGGUACCGCUGUAAUCUGUUUCAGGAGUUUGUUUUUUUUAGUGUGCAGUUGGACAAGGGAUGCUUUGCUUUGUGAAUUUCUUUAAGGUUCCCUUCCAUUCUGCCAAUAUUUUGCAGGAAGGAUUCAAUCACACAAUGGCGAAUGUAGGUUUGCACAGUCAGCUUGAAUUAACACAGUCUUGGGCACUAAAGCCACUUAAAAACAUAUAUAGAUUUUUUUUGCAGUAAGGAAAAUUGAUAAGCAAAUGCACUGAAAAGUGUGGUAUAAUAACCGAUUGACAGGCAGUCAUAAAUCACCUCUGUGCAAACAAAUAAGAAUGUGUUCAAAUCAGAGUGGAUAUUCAGUAAAGAGCAGGAGUCAUAUAACCACCUCACAGACGUUGUGCAAACAUAUCAGGAUGCUGGAUGAACAAGGCUUCUGGAGGCACACAUUCACCCCAAAUGUAGUUGUUUCGCAAAAUUAAAUUAAGCCAUUUCCUGAUCUUGUGCAAUCCAUUCUUAUUUCAAAAGGCUCAUGUUCUACUUACUAAGUGUAAAAAACAAUGAUUCAAUACAGAAGCGAAACCUAUUUCAGAGAUCAUAUUCCCCUUAAAUCUAUCCCACAUUCUCAUUAAGCCUGAACGUUGCAGCUUUUAAAAACAAUGGACCGGUCAGCUUCUUAAGUCACACAAACAUUUUGCAGACAGAGGAAUUAUGUCCAGGAAAUGUUUGCUCAAUGUGAUAGCAGAUGUGCUUUUCCACUGGUAUAAACCAACUGGCUAAAUUCCAUAAUUGUGAUACAUAAUCGUCUAUUUACUGCAAUUGCUUUUGCCGAGUUUCUUUUAGCUGGAGCCUCUUUCAUUAUUCUUUCGAUUCUUGCAUCAGUUGCGUAUACACUGGUACCUCUGGUUAUGAACUUAAUUUGUUCCAGAGCUCUGUUCUUAACCUGAAACUGUUCUUAACCUGAGGUACCACUUUAGCUAAUGGGGUCUCCCACUGCCGCCACGCUGCCUGUGAAAACACGAUUUCUGUUUUCAUCCUGAAGCAAAUUUCUUAACCCGAGGUACUAUUUCCGGGUUAGCAGAGUCUGUAACCCAAAGUGUUUGUAACCCGAGGUACCACUGUAUUCUCUCUGUGUAUUGCAGAGUGGUCCUUGCGCAAGUGUAAGGGCUAGCCGCUUGUGCCUCCUUGUAUCAGAACUUAGACGUCUUGUAUUAGUAACACAAUUGUGUCAAAAUAGACUCCCUGCAGCCUCUGAUUAUGCAUUUCAAAAAUGUACCAUAUUUUUCGCUCUAUAAGACGCACCAGACCACAAGACGCACCUAGUUUUAGGAGGAGGAAAACAAGAAAAAAAAUAUUCUGAAUCUCAGAAGCCAGAACAGCAAGAGGGAUCACUGCGCAUUGAAAGCAGCAAUCCCUCUUGCUGUUCUGGCUUCUGGGAUAGCUGCGCAGCCUGCAUUCACCCCUUAAGAUGCACACACAUUUCCCCUUACUUUUUAGGAGGGAAAAAGUGAGUCUUAUAGAGCAAAAAAUACAGUAAUUACGGUGUUUUCAUGAGGCUCAGUACAUUUUUUAAAGAUGGCUCAAACAAGGCAACAGUUCUUUUUUUGUUUAAAGAUUUGUAACACACACUUUUGAGAUCUCAUACAUUCUUGAAAGUGACACACACCCUGUUUACUUUCAUUCACGAUUUCAAUCUUUGCAGCUUCAGUGUUGCGGAGUCGACAACUACACCGACUGGAUUGGUAGCCAAUGGUUCAACGCCACCGGCAACCACAGUGUUCCUGUAAGCUGCUGCAAGCGAGACGUCAGUAAGAAAAACUGCACAGGGCAGCUGAGUGACCUGAAGUUUCUCAAUACACAAGUAAGGGCAUGUUGCAUUCAGGACUUGCAUGGGAAUAACAGAAUUGCUGGGGACCUGGAACCAAAGGCUGGUGCAAUCCAUCUCUUAAGAUGAUUGCAAGGUGUAAAUAAAGCAGCAAGAUUUUGAAAAUCCUAACAUUCGGGAUUUCUGGCUACCCUUCAGAUCAGUUCUGGCAGAGAUUCCACACUGGCUAACAAAAAUAAUGACACUUUAUCCAGCCAUCAGUUCUUUCCUGUUUUGUUUUUGUGGCAGUGGUGUAAACUGCUGAUAUCUGCAACUGUAACGGAUGGGGGAGACAUUCAAUUCUGUUAGCAUUUUGAUGGGAAACAGCAUAACUUGUCCUUCCCAAACCAAAGCAGGAACAAAAACAUCACCACCUUUGAAAUUCGACCUUGUCCAAAUUUUGCAGUGCAGUUCUCAAACCCAAACGACGUGUACAAACGUGUACAUGUUCGUGAAGAUAGCAUACAAAACGCACCGAAGUUGGGGAAAUUGCAUACCCUCCAAAAAUGUGUUUAUUAGGAGGAAAAUUACACUGGAAAGGUGAAAAACUUUCAAGGGGUGAUUUUUUUUUAAAAUUGCAAUUUGCUUAAGAAAUUGUGUGAACUGAAUUUAAGGUGGGGAAAUUGAGAGGGCCAAAAUAGAUUUCUCUUUCCUUAAUGGCCAUUCUCUCUCUCUCUUUCUCUCCCCUACAUCUGCAAAUUCUCCCUGCAGGGCUGUGAGGAGAAGGUGGAGUCUAUUUUGCAGAGUGUCCUCAACUACGCUAUGCUUGUCAUCCUAGGAUUUGCCAUUGUGAAGGUAUUUAUACUCUGACCUUGACACGAAUGCCCCAGAGCAGAAAGGUACACAGUCUGAACCAUAAAUUAAACAACAAGUUUCAAAACAGCAUUAAAUCAAAACAAAGGAUUCAGGCUACCGUGCAAGUUUUUCAGUGCUAGGUGGAAACCUUCCAAUUUGCCCUGGGCAUUUUAUACUUCAGGUGAUGUUUAAAAAUUCUGUUUUAUCCUGCCUUUAGCUUCUUUUGAUUUUUUUGUUUGGUUCAGUUUUGUGUUGCUACUGCCUUCGUGUUCAGAAUGUGACCUUUCUGGUAAUAUCAUAGAAUUGUAAAGUUGGAAGAGUCCCCAGGAAGGGCAGUUGCUGGUUCGUGGUGAGGGAAUGAACUAGGUGAAACUUUGUGGCCUGAUCCAUCAGGGCCUUAAGUUUUGAUUCCCUCUGAAUCCUUGGUUUGCUUAGCCUUUGCCUUGCCAUUAUCCAGUAUGUUUCUGAAAGCAUAAUCAAACAACAUUGCCACCUGUAGGCAAGCAAAAUUUAGUGCUUCCCAAUUGCCUGUAGUGCUCCUUUAAAGAAACUAGAAUCUGACAGGUGUUCUAAUGGCACUGGGACAGUGUUUUUAUUUCAUGUUCAUAGUUAGCCUAUACAGUGGUACCUUGGUUCUCCAACGUAAUCCUUUCUGGGAGUCCGUUCGACUUCCGAAACGUUCAAAAACCAAGGCGCGGCUCUGAUUGGCUGCAGGAGCUUCCAGCACUCAAGCAGAAGUUGUGUUGGACGUCCCACUUCCAAAAAACAUUCGAAAACCAGAACACUUACUUCCGGGUUUGUGGCGUUCGGGAGCCGAUUUGUUCAUCAACUAAGCCAUUUGAGAACCAAGGUUCCACUGUAUACCCUUUCGUAUUUCAGCAGAAAUCUCUCAGCGGCGUAUGAAUCCCAAUGAAAAGGAAUAAAUAAAAGCAAUCUGUGCAAAUUUCGCAUUUGAAACCAAGCAAAACAACAAAGAACCACAAAUGCAAAUAUACAAGACAUCAGGAUAUAUCAAGAUAUAUCAAAAUGCGACAUAAUAAUGUUAUAAGCAUUUCAUAAAUGUUACAGGAAAGAUAGAGGGUAUGAUACAUAGAAUCAUAGCACUGCAGAGUUGGAAGGGACCACGAAGAUCAUCUAGUCCAAGCCUCUGCAAUGCAGGAAUCCUUUACCCAACGUAGGACUUGAACCCAUGACCUUAAAAUUAAGAGUCUCAUGCUCUACCAGCUGAGCUACCCAUCUAAUGAGUCCCAUCCAUGGAAGCCUUGCACAAGGACUUCCACUUCCACAAUGGGGCUUCCACCCUCUCCCCUGCCCUGCCCCCCACCUGUGCCCCUGAUAUUGGCUCUGUGGGGGUCAGAAGAACCCCCAGAACAACAUGUGGGGCACAGAGAAGAAGGGAAAUUGUUUCAUCUGGCGAGCUGAAAUGCUUGACAAAGUGCAACGUUGAAUUCCUCCCAUGAUGCCAUUUCCAAAAUCUGCACAUUCCCAGAACUCAAAACUAAUCCAAGUACAUAACCCCCAAAUACACCCAACUAUCUCCUUACGUGGGUGGCAUUGUGGGUUAAACCACAGAGCCUAGGGCUUGCUGAUCAGAAGGUCGGCAGUUCGAAUCCCUGCGACGGGGUGAGCUCCCGUUGCUCGGUCCCUGCUCCUGCCAACCUAGCAGUUUGAAAGCACGUCAAAGUGCAAGUAGAUAAAUAGGUACCGCUCCAGCGGGAAGGUAAACAGCGUUUCUGUGCGCUGCUCUGGUUCGCCAGAAGCAGCUUAGUCAUACUGGCCACAUUACCCGGAAGCUGUCUGUGGACAGACGCCGGCUCCCUCAGCCAAUAAAGCGAGAUGAGCGCCGCAACCCCAGAGUCGGUCAUGACUGGACCUAAUGGUCAGGGGUCCCUUUACCCUUUACCCUUACCUCCUUACAGCCACUAAAUCAUUCCAUCCAUUUAAGUUUAAAUAGAUUACAAAAGGGGGCCUUAAUAUGGGCAGUGGGGUGGGGAUUCAACUUUCAAACUCUUUAAGCGCCAUGAACAUUGCUGGUUCUAUUUAAAAUAAUAACAAUAACCUUCUCGUUUCAGUUCUUUGGAAUGCUUAGUGUCUGCGUGCUGACCUGCAAAAGAGAACAGCACAACGGUUACCAUCCUUUGUCGGGGACGUUCGCUUGACCGGAAGAUGGAGAGUGACCCUUCGUUGUGGUCUUCCAAGAUAAAACGGACUUGGGAAAGAUGCUCUGAGCAGAAAAUGUUUUGCCUGCUUUUGUAAAAUGCUGAAUCCUUAUCUCGGUGAACAGAAAGGAGAUUCCUUUCAAAGCUUGUUAUUAAAUGUGACCUGACUUGGAUUUAACAUAGCUACUGGUGAUUCCACUUGAGAAUCUUUGACGUACUUCAGGUGUGGGAAAUUUGUGUCCAGAUGUUUCUGAACUACAACGCCCUGUGGAACGCCCUCCUACUAGAUGUCAAAGAAACAAACAACUAUCUGACUUUUAGAAGACAUCUGAAGGCAGCCCUGUUUAGGGAAGCUUUUAAUAUUUGAUGAAUUAAUUGUAUUUUAAUAUUUUGCUGGGGUGGCUGGGGGAAUCAGCCAGAUGGGUGGGAUAUAAAUAAUAAAUUAUUAUUAAAUUAUGUUAUUAUCACCCCUGGCUAUUGGCCAUGCAGUUGUAGUUCACCGACAUCUGCAGGGGCAGAGGUUCCCCACACCUGAUGUAGUUGAACUGAAGUGACUCCCUUUCCUUACAACAGCAUAUGAAGCCUUAAACCUUAAAAGGUAGCCCAGCAGGUACCAUUCUGACGUUUCACAGGUGAAUGUGGUUCUCCCCUCCUCCACAAACCUUGUUAGAUUUAUUAACAUAAAUUAUUUUUUCAAACUAUUAAAGGACUCGGUGUAUUUUCCCUUGCCUGCUGGGUGUUCUGAAUGCAGGAGAAGGUUUUCAGCAUUCAGCAGUGAAAGACAGUCAGAGAGGAAUCUUGUCUCACUUCUUUGAACGUGAGCACAGCAAAAUAACAGAUAGAUUUUAGGUGAGUGUUGCCAUUUGCAGGUGGAGCUUUUGGACAGCUGGAAAUUUCACCUGGGACUAUCAGCAUUCAGAUGUGAAUGUCAACAUGGUACCACCAUUCCCUAGACUCUUAAGCAUGGAGGGAUGAAACUUUUGCAUGUUGUGCUCACAGCUAAACAGCUACUGAUGUCAGCUUUGAUAAUCUAAUUCACACCAACACCAGCUUUUCACACAAGAUGAAGCGACCAACAGUAUAAAACCUGAUAGCACUAGACGGAGUCUGGAUUAAGGCUGUGUGAUCCUGAGAUCCAUGCUUAGUAACUUGCCUUGUUGACGUUUGCACUGAAUCAAUCCCAUGCCAUAUCUCAAAGCACCAGAAUGCAUAUGAAAUCUCCUGGCUGGACUGGGAGCGUUAUGUCGGGUGGUGCAACUCUGUACACACUGCAAUUCAAUGUGGGGAUUUGUUAAGCGUUUUGUGCUCCUUAACUUUAGGAGUGAUUGGAACACACCUGAAUCCUACAUCUUUAGAGAGUGCGCUGAGAAACCAUUCCAAACAAAUACGAUUUGAACAGCCACUUGCAAGUGUAUCAUAGUGAAGAUAUGGUGCUGGCUUUACUUACGCUGUGCACUGUUUUACUUGCUUCUGGUAUCACAUUUAUUUAAUACAUAUAGUGUCCUUUGCACUUUUGUGAACAGUGGAACAACUUAGGCAUCGUACGUACUGUUGAAAAAUAAAAUGACACUUUCUUUUUCCAAACACCUUUGCUUUAGUUUCUUGAGGGCUUCAGGAAUAUUUGGAAUAUAGAUAAAUUAAGUUCCUUUUUAACCCCAAAUAAAUAAAUAAAGGUUAAUUACAUGAUGUUUUAUUUUAAAGAGAAUGAAAUGGCUGGAUGGGAGAGAAAUCGUAUUCAGAGAGAAGCAAGAGACCUGCUUCACCUGUCACAUUAAGCAAAAUUAUAGCUUUCCGGAACCAUGCAAAUGCGCUGGCUCUGAGAGACAAGCUGACACACACUUAGUUCCUUCCCAGUCCUUUUGCCAUGGCACUGUGGGGCAGGCAGAUAAGCCAAGAUUUGACCUGACAUGCAACUGGGACCACUGGGAUCACGGUUAAUCUCUCUCCUUAACCACAAUCUGCAGCUAGGGACAAACAGUUCAUGAGGGGGGUUAGGACCCUCUACUCCCCUCGGAGAGCUACAAUUCUCAGAGCGGUUUAGCAAUCAAUGCCUUUCCCCAGUUGAUUCUGGAAACUGUAGCUCUCUGAAGGGAACACAGGUGGCCUAAAUCUUAUCCGCACCCUUAACAAACUACAAUUCCCAGGCUUUGGGGUGGGAGUGGGGCAGAAAAAGCCAUGACUUUAAAAUCACAUCUGAAGAAGUGUGCAUGCACAUGAAAGCUCAUACCAAUAACAAACUUAGUUGGUCUCUAAGGUGCUACUGGAAGGGAUUUAUUUUGUUUCAUCUACGGCAGACCAACACAGCUACCUAACUGUAAUUAAAAUCACAUGAUACUGUUUUAAAUGUCUAUUUACAGUAAAAAGAUAAGGACAUUGGCAGGAUUAUUGUAAUAAUCUGUGGUUUCAUAACAGUGUAUAUUUAAAGUAGAUUACUAAAAGAAUAAGUCAUGUUAAUUUAGAAUAUGCAGGAAAUGUAAAAAAUAAAUUUAAGGAACCUCAGAAAGAGGAAGGAAGCAGAGUUUUGCAAUGUUAGAAUGACUGUAAACCUAUUGAAUUAUAUGUAACUGAAAAUCACAAAUAUAAAAUAAAACAAGAUACUGUUUUAAAUAUCUA